UCUUCAAUUCACUUCAUUUCUCAAAGCUGUGAGAGACGUGCUUUGUCUCAAUUGUGGACAAACCACACGAGGAGAACAACUGCAGGAACAUUAAACAUCCAAAACACUGGAAAUUUAACUCCGAAACAUCCUUUCUCGUCACACUCGACAGGGCUUUCUGAUCACUGACCGCAACUGGGUGUUGGACAACUGGCACGAAGAACUGUGGGAUAUCGACUGCUUCCACCAUGGAACCUGCCAGAUCCGAAAUGAGUAUCCUACCCAAUGGAAAAGGCCAUGACUUGGGGGAGGAAAUGUGUGUGCCGAUGAAGACCAUGAUGGAGGAAGAACAAAAUGGUACCCAUCACGACAGAUUUGAUGAUCCUGACAGCACUCUUGCGGAGAACAUUGAGUUCCUGCCCAACAGCGAGAGCAAGAAGCCACGUUUCACUGAUUUUGAUGGGAAGACGUCUUUUGGCAUGUCGGUCUUCAAUUUGGGCAAUGCCAUUAUGGGCAGUGGGAUUCUGGGAUUGGCCUACGCUAUGGCCAAUACUGGCAUAUUGCUGUUCUUGUUUCUCCUGACGGCUGUAGCGGGUCUGUCCUGUUACUCCAUUCACCUCCUGCUCAAGUCCUCUGGUGUUGUGGGAAUCAGAUCAUAUGAGCAGCUGGGAUUCAGGGCCUUCGGGAUGACAGGAAAGAUGGCAGCCGCAAUCGCCAUUACUCUGCAGAACAUUGGAGCCAUGUCCAGCUACUUGUACAUCGUCAAAUCAGAGUUUCCACUUGUCCUGCAGGCAUUUCUGAGGACAGACACUACAUCAGGGGAAUGGUAUCUUAAUGGAAACUACCUGGUGGUGCUGGUGUCCAUCUCCAUCAUCCUGCCAUUGGCUUUAAUGAAACAGUUGGGUUAUCUCGGAUAUUCCAGUGGUUUUUCACUCAGCUGCAUGGUUUUCUUCCUCAGUGCAGUGAUUUAUAAGAAGUUUCAGAUCCUGUGCCCAUUCGAGGAGUUCUCGGCCAAUAGCACGCUGACUCACGCCCACUCAAAUAUCACAGUAGACCACGCCUACCAUAACAGUCAUGUGAUGGAGGACGACUCGCACUGCCACCCACAGAUGUUCACUGUCAACUCACAGACUGCUUACACCAUCCCCAUCCUGGCCUUUGCCUUUGUCUGCCACCCUGAGGUCCUGCCCAUCUACACAGAGCUCCGCAACCCAACACAGAAGAAGAUGCAGCACGUUUCCAACAUUUCCAUUCUGAUCAUGUACACUAUGUACUUUCUUGCUGCUCUGUUUGGAUACCUAACCUUUUACACGAAUGUUGAGCCUGAGCUCCUGCACACUUACAGCAGGAUCGACCCAUACGACACACUCAUCCUCUGUGUGCGAUUGGCUGUUCUCACCGCCGUCACACUGACUGUGCCCAUCGUUCUGUUCCCAGUGCGGAGAGCCAUUCAGGAGAUGGCCUUUCCUAAUAAAAGCUUCAACUGGAUCCGACACAUCGCCAUCGCUGUCGUUCUCCUGACACUUAUUAACAUGCUGGUCAUCUUCGCUCCCAACAUCCUGGGCAUCUUUGGCAUCAUUGGUGCGACAUCCGCUCCAUGUCUGAUCUUCAUCUUCCCCGCUGUUUUCUACAUCCGCAUCGUUCCCAAGGAUAAGGAGCCGAUGCGCUCUACUCCCAAAAUCUUUGCUGCCUGUUUUGCUGGAUUGGGGGUGUUGUUUAUGAUAAUGAGCUUGAGCUUCAUCAUUAUUGAUUGGACAACGGGCAGCGGCAGUGCUCUCGGCGGCCACUAGGGGACAAACUCUGAUGAAUGUGUGUUUGUAUGAGAGUGUGUGUCGUAUGUUUAGUAAUGAUUUAUUUGUAUCCGUAUUUGUCUGACACAAAGGAUGCUCUAUCUCGCGGUGGGAAGGGAAAGUUGCGGGGGACCCGAAGCAAAAAUCCCAAUUUCCACAGAUGACAAUAAUUCGGAAAGAAGUCCAUUAUACUAUAUUUGUGUCAGUGUGGAAUGAUUACUUUUGUAUUUAUUGAAGGGUUAAUGCAGCCUCACUUAUUCUGUAGAAAUACACUUUUAUUGCUCC